UCCAAAGUCUUUGAAAAGUCAUAAGUGGAGGGUUUGAAAAAACACACACACUCUCUCUCUCUCUCUCUCUCUCACGUAGUAGCCCACCUCAUUAUUUUUAGCCCAAAGAACAAGUCUAACUUAACUUGCUCCUAGUUUUCCAUCUUUAAGUUUAAAACCUCAUUCAAUUCAAUACAUCAGCCCCCAAAGACCUGACUAGUCUUUGCUUCAACCACAAAACAGAGAAACCCCCAUUUGUUCUUGUGGGCAUCUGAAUCUCUAUAAGACAUCAAAGUUCAAGCUCGAAAGUGAAUCCUUAGCUGAUACAUUCAUUUGGGUUUCAGAGAAAGGCACAAACUUUGAUCAUAAAACUAUCAGUAUUACCAUGAGUAGCUCCGAGCCAUCUAAGCUGGAUGACUCAGCAGUAGUAGAAUUAACAGGGAAGAUAAUGGUGGUAGCCAUAAUUGUACUCUUCGCGGUGGUGGUGUUUGUGCUGUGUCUCCAUCUCUACGCCAAAUGGUUUUGGUGGAGCGUUGAAGAAACUAACACUACUUCUCCUCGUUCUCGCCGCCGCCGUCGCCGCCGCUUUGUCUUUGCACCAGGCCAAGACCCUGCUGUUGCCAACUUGAGAAGAGGGCUUGACCCAUUAGUCCUGCGUUCAAUUCCCGUAUUGGAAUUCAAUCCAAAAGACUUCAAAGAUGGUUUGGAAUGUGCUGUUUGCCUUUCUGAGCUUGAGGGAGGAGAGAAAGCUAGGCUGCUACCCAAAUGCAACCAUGGUUUCCACGUUGAUUGCAUUGACAUGUGGUUUCAGUCACACUCUACCUGUCCGAUUUGUCGAAAUCCGGUUGCUCCUCCUCAAGGCUCCAACUCCAAUAGUACUAAUGCUGAAACGGUAGCAGAGAAUGCUUUAGUCCUUGAUGAGCCUCAAGGCGAGAAUUUGGCUUCUGGGUAUUCCAUAGACUCUCCAAAUUUCCCAACAAACGUGUUGUUUUGGGGAAACCAGGCUCAGGUAAGCACUGGGACUGCUUGUUUGGAAGAAGGCCCUUCUUCGUCUUCUUCCGCUUCAUCGGGUAUUGCUAGUAGGCCAGCGGAUGGAGUUUUGGUGAUUGAUAUACCGAGGCUGAUGACUGAGAAUUUGUCAUCAUCAUUAUCCCCUUCAGCAAGCAGGUUUGUCGAGGAGGAAUCAAAGUCACCUAUGACAACAAGAUUGAGGUCAUUAAAGAGGCUUUUGAGCAGAGAUAGAAGAUCAAAUCCUUGUAGUCCCGGUUCUGUUGAUGUUGAACAAGGAGGGAGAGCACAGAGUUAAAAACCAGUUUUAUUAGAUUGAACAUAUUAGCUAGUAUAGAAACUAUUCUGGCAAUGAGAAAUUGUUGUUUUGGAACGCCUUGAAUGCUCAUGCUUGGUUCUACCAUUCUUGAGAAUUACUACUUCGUUUUGGAGUGAAAGGAAUUCCCUCGUGUUACUUUGCUCCAUGUUCUUUUAUUCUUGAUCUUGACAAAUUGAGGUUGAGAUCUCCACAAUCUUAUUUUUCUUGUUAUACUAGAAUAUUGUAUAUCUGUUCUUGAAACAGAAUUGUACAGUUACUUGAAAUGUCCCUAUCGUAUGAAAGUAAAAUUGGCUUUGCCGUGUUAAA